CCCCUCCAGGGGAUUCUUGAGCCCUGGCUGACAAAGACCAAAAAGGUCUGAGAUUCGGGUAAACCUGUGGCUACUCAUGGGAUUCCGGAUGCUUCUCUUCCUGGAAAUGACAUGAAAUUCCUCAGCCUGCAUCUUCCCUCCCUGUUAUUUUAAGAAUUUCUUUUUCUACAUUUCUUCCUAUGCAAGUGCGGUGGCUCUUCUAGAGGAAGAUGGGGAGUGUGUCUUUCCAUUCUACUAUAAAAACGGAACACACUAUGACUGCAUCAAGGGCAAGGCAAAACACAAAUGGUGCUCCUUAAACGAGACUUACAAAGGAUACUGGAAGUAUUGCGCUAGAGAAGAUUUUGCAAGCUGUGUAUUUCCCUUCUGGUACAGACGCUUGAUCUACUGGGAGUGUACCGAUGAUGGGAAUGCAUUCGGGAGAAAAUGGUGUUCACUGACCCAGAAUUUUAACAAGGACCGAGUUUGGAAAUAUUGUUAAUGAUGGUGGGUGUGUUGGUGGGUGUGGAAGAAGAACAGAGGGCUGAGGAUAGAGUAUGUACAAAAGAAAGAUCCAUGAGGAUAAACAAGGAGCCGGAAGUGAAUAAACACCAAAGAUGGCGGUGAAUAAACAGAGAAUGAAGUAGAGGCCCAACACACCGGAAGUCCCAGCUGAUUUUGACUUCUUCCCGCUGCGUCGGAGCAGU